UUGUGUAGUGAAAGAAAAGGAAAAAUUGAAUUUGUAGAUCAGUUGUGAUUUAGAAUCUCGAUAAAAUGGACGCGUAUACAGAAAAUGGGCAAUAGUCUAAUAAGAAGUAAAUUUAUUGAUUGGGUCAUCCAAUUAUUUAGUUUAUCGUCAUUAGAAAAAGUAAUAACAACAAUAAUGAUAAUUUCGUGAGUAAUCAAAACCGGGAAUCAAAUAUAGACACGACGUCAUUAAUUUGUUUGUUGCAAUCGAUCGGGUUCCAAUUAAAAAAAUUUGAUAAAAUAAAAAGUGAGUUUAAAAAUAAUGAACGUAAUUUACGCGUCACAAUAGAAUGUGAUCAUUCCGAUUUCAAAGCAGAUUUGGAAUUGAAAAUUUCAAAUUGCAUAUGUCCGCAAGAAGAUACCAAUGCGUCAAUGUGGAACAUCAGCGGUACCGGUAAAUUUUUAAGCGGCAGCUCAACGAGUAUUAAUGACGAUAAAUUUAUUGAGUCUGGAAGUAAUUUGCUGCCGCAAUUGGAUAACGAUUCAAGUGUUUUUAUUAGAGAUGUGCUGGAGCAGUUCAUUCUUUUGAUAAAUAAUUGUGGCAAGGGUGAUAAAGAUGGUGACGUUGAGAGACAAGAUGGCGGCCAAGAAAUUGAUGCGAUAGUUGAUGAGUUGCGAGAUGUUAAAAUUAAUUUAGAGGAAAGUAAUUUUGAAUUAAUGAGCGAGAGUAAGAUUAGUUAUAAUAGUUUUCUGGAAUCUUCUUUUACGCGGUGUCGUACAGUGCCGGAAAUAUCUAAGCGGGAAAGCCAAUCAAAUAUCAAGGAGGAGAGUCCUCUAAAUUAUAGCCAACAGUCAUCACCGCAAAAGAUUUCGAGCUCACCUGUAACUCUUUGCUCAUCUCUAAGCCAGGUUUCUUUUCCCAGUGAUGAUGGGGGUGAAGGCGUUUGCUCUACGUUGCAAGAUUGUCUCAAUGAAGCGGCUUUCUAUUUGGAAAAAGCGCGAAAAAUUAGCUGUAUGAAAAAUAUUAACGAUGAGUGCUCGUCCAUUGGUUUCAAUAGCUCGCAACAGGAUAAAAGAGAACAAAAAACAUUCUAGUGAUUGGAAAAGGACAAGAUUUAAUGAAUGUGAUAAUGAUAACAAAUCAGUGAUAAUGUUACUUACCUGUCUAAAGAUUUUGUUUGAUGUCAUAUUGGAUGUGAUAAAAGUGAAUUAAAAAUAAAAAAAAAAACAAAUUAUUGUGCGGUUUCAAAAAUAAAAUAUAAAUAAGUGUUAUUUUUGUGAUUUUCGCAGCAAAGACAAUUUAUCUUCACCGAAGGAGAAUGGAGCAAAAGGGCUGGUACGCGGAUCCAGAUUCACAUCUGCCUCAGCACAAUUACCCCCAGUACCAAUGGCCCGCUAAAAAAUUAUUAUUAGGGCCAGUUUUUGAAACUGGGUACAAAUUAUUAUUGCUGGUAUAUAUAUACUGAAUUACCAAUACCACUACCACGACUCCAAGAGAUUUUUAGAGUUUUUGCAUGCAAUCAGUGUCCAAAAACCUUUGAAACAAAAAAUUCGUGGGCCAGCCACACCAAAAAAUGCAAGACCAAUAAACAAGUAUUAAAAAAAAACCAUCGAAAGUACGUGCGCUAAUCACACUCGUAAAUAAAUUGAUUGAUUAAUUACCGUUGUGAUGGACAAUCAAUUUUCCAAAUUCCGUACGACUUUUCAUAUCAUAAAGAUUUAUACAAUCAUCAGCAGCUCCUGAUGCCAAAUAAUUUUUCCUAGAUGAUACUGUCCCAAUACUGGCAGUGUGAUCUUUUGUAGCAAAACUACGUUCUACUUUAUACUUCUGCCAAUAAAAACAAUUUUUUUAAUUUCAUUCACUCAAUAUCACUGACAUAAAUAAUUAAUAAACUUAAUCUAUUACUUAAUUACUUUAUAAUUACUAUUAUGAAAUAAAACUUACCUUUUCCUCCUUGUGACUCAAAGACGCCAAAUAUUUUUUUUUUUUUAAAUGAUAAUCAAAGUAAAUAGAAAAAAUUUUUUGUUGCCGUUGAAAACAAUAAUUUUUUAUUUUUGCGGCUAAAAUCGGGUACCCCCUAAAAAAAGUGAAAAAAAAAAUUUCUGAAUUUUAAAUGAAUUUGAUAAAAUUUAUUUUUUUUGUAAGUAAUGAAGCAUGAAGAAAUUUAAAUAGAGUAUCCCUCAAUUUUCCACAAUAUCUAAUGAUCAUAAACCGUCAGAAUCGUAUUAAAAUUUUCUUCAUUUAUUUAUUUUUCUUGCAACCCUUACGACUUAAGAUCUAAAAGUAGUUCUUAAAGAAAAAUAAAUAAAUAAAAAAAAAAUUUCUAAUACUUUUAUGACAAUCAAAAAUCAUUAGUCUUAUUUUAAAAGUGGAGAUACAUAGUUUUAUAAUUCCCUUAGUUAUUAAAAGAACUGAAGUACAUAUUAUUUUUCACAAUUAUUUAAAAGUAUUACGUAUAUGCCCUAAAUAAUAAAAA